AUGCGGUACUUCAACAGUCCAGACUCCCCAUGGCGGGCCGGGUCUGGCUCCGACGGGUUGAUCAGUAUCUUGUCCGUGUUUCAGGUCCGUUUGCAACCAUGCUUGGAUAGCAGAUACACGGUGAAUCUCGACCUCACCAUGUAUGCUCAGGAGUCGCGAUACACCAUACUCCUGGCACGGGACGAUGGAUCCAGUGGUGCAUUGUGA